CCCAAAACAAUCUGAACCAUGUCUUGGCAAACUUACGUCGACGACCACCUUCUCUGCGAAAUUGAAGGCAAGCACCUCACUCACGCUGCUAUCAUCGGCCAUGACGGCAGCGUUUGGGCUCAGAGCUCCAGCUUCCCUCAGAUUCUCCUAUCUCUACUCAACGCCUUCACUUAUAAAUCAAGCCAAGAUUCCAGAAGGAUCGCCUUGCAACGUUUGUCAAUAUGCUAAACCUGAUCCGCAAAGGAAACCAAUCCGAAUUGACUUGGACUGCACUUAGUAGUUUUGAGCAGUUGAAUACAACAACUGUAUUUUAAUCUGAUGUUUUAAAACCUGAGGAAGUAUCUGGGAUCAUGAAUGACUUUAAUGAGCCUGGAACACUUGCUCCCACUGGAUUGUACCUUGGUGGCACUAAAUAUAUGGUCAUCCAAGGUGAACCCGGCUCUGUCAUUCGAGGCAAGAAGGGUCCUGGUGGUGCUACUGUGAAGAAGACCAAUAUGGCCUUGAUCAUUGGCAUUUAUGAUGAGCCCAUGACUCCAGGUCAAUGCAACAUGACAGUUGAAAGGCUUGGUGAUUAUCUCAUUGAACAGGGGGUGGAGGGAACUUUGCCCUUAGAUCUUUGGUAUAUUGGUGGUCCUGUUGUCAAGGGAUUUGGUCGUGGCUCGAAGGUACUUGGGAUUCCUACAGCAAAUUUAUCGACAAAGGGAUAUUCAGAUCUCCUUUCAGAACAUCCUGCGGGAGUUUAUUUUGGUUGGGCUGGAUUGUCAGCAAGAGGUGUUUUUAAAAUGGUGAUGAGCCUUGGUUGGAAUCCAUAUUUUAACAACAAAGAAAAGACUAUAGAACCAUGGUUACUUCAUGACUUUAACGAGGAUUUCUAUGGGGAAGAACUACGACUUGUUAUAGUUGGUUACAUACGUCCGAGGCCAAUUUUCCAUCCCUUGAAAGCUUGGUAGCUAAAAUUUAUGAAGAUCGCAGAGUUGCUGAAAGGGCUCUUGAUCUUCCCUUAUAUUCAAGCUUUAAGAAUGAUUCGUAUCUGAGAAGCUCUUAACAUUUAUCUAACAGGUUCUUGUCCCAGAAAUCCCAGGUGUUUAUUGUUGUAAACGCAUAAUACAGUUAUUCCACACAAUAAGUUUGCAUAUUAUACCCUUCUCACCCUAUAAUUUAUAUGCAUCAGUGACAUAAUGCAAAGUGAUUGUUAAGUAGAUAUUUGUUUUAUUUGAAUUUCUGCUUAGGAAGUUCUGUUAUUUUUUUUUUAAAUAAAUGGUCAGUUGCUGUCCGAGUCUUUAGGGAGUGGAGCUACAAUUUAGUUCUCAAUCUUAGCAGUUUACAACCCACUCUGAGGUGUAAUAGUAGCGGGUUUAGUUAUUGUUUUUCUUAGCUUUACUAGGCUAUAAGUUUGUAUCACUUAUAUGCAUUGCAAACAUUAUACAAUUUGGUAUAAGAGCUCCUUUAUAGGGGCAUGAACCAGAAACUAAUUAGGAGAAAAAUCUGGUGAGAAUGAGAGAAAAUCUGUAAGGGGUAUACACUAGGGUGAGAGAGAGAAACACCUAUACAGUGCAAACUUGAGAAAAUAUCCUGAAGCAAUGGCAGAGUAUGUGCAGCCAACAAUUCCCAACUUUGAUUGACGCUAUGACCCCUGGACAAAAUUGAUGGAAAACUUCCUUCGAUCAAAAGAGUUUUGGCACUUGGUGGAGCAUUGAAUUGAAGACGUUUCUAAUAAAGUCAAUGCAACAGAAGCAGAAAUCAAAUUAAUGGAGGAGCAAAAGUUGAAGGAUCUGAAUUUUGGACACUAUUCUAAAUUAUGAAAAAUGAAGCAGAAAUUUCAGGGAUUAACUGGGGUUAAACGAGUACGACUGCAAGCAUUAUGCAAAGACUUUGAAUUUGCCUGCAAAUGAAGGAGGGAGAAUCAGUGAAUUCAUUUUUUUCUGACCUUGAAGAUUCCUAAAAGUAUGAAAGCCUGUGUGGUGAGAACAUGCAGGAGAAUGUCAUAACUGCAAAAAUUUUGUGGCUUAUGACAACAGAGUUCAACUACAUAGUAUGCUUUAUUGAAGAAUCCAACAUGGAAGCCAUGACUAUAGACGAACUCCAAAGUAACUUACAGGUUCAUGAACAAAGAAUGAUGCUGGCGGUAGAAGAACAGUUUAUGCAGAUCGUGACAGAUGAGAAAAGCCUGACUUGCUUCACACCGUUACUUAUACUCAACAGUCCUUUGGUGCUUACUGGUUGUUCUUGGUGGCCAUUUUCAACCACUUCCCACACUUCUUGGAAACCAAGUAGUGCUUUUAUUUGCAGACUCCGGUUGUCAUAAUCUACAGCUUUUGACAACUUAGGCAGAGGCAUACUGUUUUAAGGUUGGCUAUCCCACUCAAACUUUCUAGUUCUCAAAGCACUCUCUAGCUCUCUGUCUUUCUCUUAAACAUUCAGGCUCUGAAGGUCUGAUGCCUAUUUGUUGACAACAAGUCUAUCUAAAUAUAGACUUUUAGUAUUGCUUGCUGUAUAAAAUACAUAGAGGAGUUCAUGAACUAUUUAUAGGUCCUUUGUUUUGGCCUUUCAA